CUGAUGGGGUAGACUGGGGGCUAUACAGACAGCAUACGAGCAGCACUACCGUAGGACCUACAAGGCCGGGUCUCUCGGUUAGCUAUUGAAUGAAGCCAGUGACCUGCCAGUCUUGACUGAUGGGACCCCAUGUGUGGGAAAAUCCCACAGCCAAAGAUUUGGGACAUUCACAUGCUAAUUGAGCCUUAUAAAUAAGAGGGCUGUGCCGCGCCGAGGGGCCUAGAGACGCGCCGAGAUUCCGAGGAAGACGAACAGAAGCGCACAUACAGCGAAGGGAAAACAUGACUGCUUCGACUGUGGCGCACAACAUAGGGAAACAUCCCAGUGCCAAGGAGGAGAGAAAGCUGAGAAAACCGCUCAUUGAGAGAAAACGGCGGGAGAGGAUAAACAAUUGUUUGGAUCAGCUAAAAGAAACUGUUAUCGGAGCAUUCAGACUUGAUCAAUCCAAACUGGAGAAAGCCGAUAUCCUCGAGAUGACAGUAAAGCAUCUACAGAAUAUCCAGAGCAAUAAACUUAACGACCCCACAUUAGGCUUGGAGGCCCAGCAAAAGUACAGCACAGGGUACAUCCAGUGCAUGCAUGAGGUUCACAACAUGCUCCUCACCUGUGACUGGAUGGACAAAACGCUGGGUUCUCGUCUGCUCAACCACCUCCUUAAGUCCCUGCCCCAGUCCACCAAUGAGCGUCCCCUCACCCAGCCCACACCCAGACAUGAUGUCCCUCCUCCAGCCAGCCAGGGUAACCCUUGCACACCCCUGAGAGGUGAACCACUGCGUGGGAGGCAGCUCCAGAGAGAGGGGCCCACCUGCCAUGUGGCUGGACGUCAGGAGAGAGCCGAAGUCCACAGCUCCCGUGUGGGGAUGCUGGAGAUGUGGAGGCCCUGGUGAUUAGUUCUCCAUUUUGUUAGGCCAUCCUCUGUUAUGUAUCUUAUAGAUAUGCUGCUCAGAAGACAUGUGGGGCAGUUUUGUUCCAGUAAUUAUUAUUGUAGGUAUGCUAUAAUCAUCUUAUACAGACCUUUUCUCAGUACUUCCCUUCAGAAGUCGACUUCUUGUAGCCUGCAUUAUAGAAGGCUUUUUUAUUAAUCUUUCAUGUAUUUAUUGUAUUAACAUUAACAUUAUUUAUUUGAUAUUAUAAGGCAGGAUUUUGCUUAGACCUCUAGCUUGCCAUUCCAUAGAUUUUUAUCUCUUUCUUUACUGCUGUAUAAUCAACCUAAACAU